AUGGCCUCUUCAGAAUCGAAAGCAGAUGUAGUUGAGCUUGAUGCUCUCAUCGUGGGCGCCGGAUUUGGUGGCGUCUACCAGCUCAAGCACCUCCGAGACGAAGGAUAUAAAGUCAGGCUCGUCGACUUCGCCACCGACUACGGUGGUGUGUGGUACUGGAAUCGUUACCCUGGCGCCAGGGUCGAUAGCGCCAUUCCGCAAUACGAGUUCUCCGAUAAGUCACUUUGGAGUGGUUGGAACUGGUCUCAGCGGUUUCCGGGCAGUGCAGAGCUACGGAAGUACUUCGCAUAUGUUGCAGAGAAAUGGGACUUGCGAAAGGACACCGAAUUUGAAACGUUUAUAACAGGAGCCACGUGGGACGAGGAGACGAGCAAGUGGAAUAUCCGCAGCAAAUGCGGCAAACUAUAUCGUGCCCAAUUCUUCCUCCUAAACACGGGUUUCUCUGCCAAGAGGUAUAUUCCCGACUGGGAGGGUAUCGACAAAUUUAACGGGACUUGGUUGCACCCAUCGUAUUGGCCUCACGAAGAGCCAGAUCUGAAGGGCAAGAAGAUUGCUGUCAUUGGAACGGGGUCGACUGGUAUCCAGCUGGCCCAAGAUUUGAGCAAAAUCGCCGGAGAGUUUGUUCUUUUUCAGCGCACGCCCAAUCUGUGCUUGCCUAUGGUCCAGGUUGAAUACAAGGAUGGCGAGCAGUCGUGGCCAAAACAGCAGUAUUCGGAGCUUUUUACCAGCCGGCGAGAUAGCUAUGGUGGUUUCUUCUUCGAUUUUCUCGACCGUAAUACUUUUGACGAUAGUCCCGAACAACGGCAAGACACAUACCAGAAGCUCUGGGACGUGGGCGACUUUCACUUCUGGCUGGCCACAUAUAAGGACAUGCUCUUCGAGACUGAUGCAAACAAGGAAGCGUAUGAUUUCUGGAAGGCCAAGGUCCAUGCGCGCAUCAACGAUCCCAAGCUCCGGGAGAUCCUUGCCCCUGAGAUACAACCACAUAGCUUUGGGUGUAAGCGCAUCUCUUUGGAAAACGGUUUCUAUGAAAUUUUCAACAAGCCCAACGUUUCUAUUGUCGAUCUCAAGGCCACCCCAAUAAGCAGUGUUGACGAGACCGGCAUUAACACAACGGAAAAGCACUGGGACUUUGACUACGUUGUAUGUGCUACUGGCUUCGAUGCUGUUACUGGUGGCCUCAUGCAGAUUGAUAUUCGGGGCCCAUCAGGCCAGAGCCUGCAUGACAAGUGGGAAAAGGGCGUUAAGACAUACUUAGGGAUGGCUACCGUUGGCUUCCCUAAUAUGUUCUUUACAUAUGGGCCGCAAGCCCCAACUGCCUUUUGCAACGGCCCAACAUGCGCCGAAUACCAGGGUGACUUUAUCCUGCGAACACUAAACACCAUGAAAACGAAGAACAUUAGGCGCAUUGAGCCCACAGCUGAGUCAGAGGCUAGGUGGGUGGAAAAAGUGCGUAAAAUCGCAAAUUCGUCGCUACUACCAACGACCAAGUCGUGGUACAUGGGUGACAACAUUCCAGGCAAACCACGAGAAUGCUUGGUAUACCUUGGUGGUGUCCAUACUUAUUACCAAAUCCUGGAAGAGGAGGCCACUGCGGGGUAUCCUAACUUUGUUUGCGAGAUUGCAUCUUGA